AUGCCAAGGUUACCAGUUGGUCGAGGUCGUGGUCGAGGUCGUGUUCGAGGCCAAGAAGUUGAUCCAAUUGAUUAUAAUACGAUGAAGGAAGAAUUAUUGAAUGAAAUCCGAGUGAUGAUGGGUCAGAAUAACAUUCAUCAUGAAGAAGGAGACGAGGAAGAAGGGGAUAAUACCACGAAGAAGGGGAUUAUACCAACCCUUUUGGUAGAGGACGCCGUGAAGGUGGUCUUCCUCAGCAAUAUCAGGAUACACUUAACAUGUUUGACUGUUGUUCUAUAUCGGAUGCACAUCAUAGAGCACAGGCAGGUAGAGAAACAAGUGGGGCGUAGAAGUUCAAAUUGGGGUAACAAUGUAGCAUCUUCCCCAACAAGUAAUCGUAGUACGUCAACAACUAGUACUGUUAACAAACCUAAUUCGGUUUCGAACCCAAGUAAAACUCCAAUCAGCUAUUUUGGAGGCAAGUGUAAUAAGUGCGGUGAAACUGGGCACAAAGGCACUGACUGUCGCAAAGUAGAACGUGUGAACAAGGUUCUUUUCAAUGAAGACAAUCGUGAAGAAGAUGAUUGGGUACCUGAAUAUGAUGAGGAUCCAGAGGAUGACUCUGAACCUAGUGAUGAAGUAGUUACAGGAGAUACAGGAGUGAACUUUGUAGCAAGAAGAAGUUUUCUCACUCCACGUACAGAUGAGGACGACAACUGGUUACGUAAUAAUAUAUUCCAGUCGACAUGUACGAUCGAGGGAAAAGUUUGUCGUUUAGUUAUUGAUCCUGGAAGUUGCGAGAAUAUUAUUGACGAAGAGGUCGUGAAACGGUUUAGGCUGGAAACCAAGGCACAUCCGCAUCCAUAUAAACUUUCUUGGCUUAAGAAAGGGAAUGAGGUGAAAGUAAACAAACGUUGCUUGGUUUCUUUUUCGAUUGGUAACAAAUAUAAAGAUAAAAUAUGGUGUGACAUUACUAGUAUGGAUGCUUGUCACUUGUUGUUGGGUCGACCAUGGGAGUUUGACAGGAAAACUAGUCAUGACGGGCAUAAAAAUACCUACAGCUUUUUAUGGAACGACGUACGUAUAGUACUUGUACCCAGCAAAGAAAUUGCACCUAAACCAUCUACCGGACAAACUACCAAUCUCUUGUCGUUUAAGCAGUUUGAAGUUGAGGCAGAAGAUGCAGGAGAACUGUAUGUGUUGAUUAGCAAAGACCAACAGCCGGAUGAAAGUAGUAUCCCUAUUGCAGCUCAACCUUUAAUUAAGGAAUUUAUUGAUGUUUUCCCUAACGAGUUGCCAGACGAGCUACCACCUCUCCGGGAUAUACAACACCAUAUUGAUCUCAUCCCUGGAUCAAGCUUGCCAAACAAAGCGCAUUAUAGAAUGAGUCCUAAGGAGCAUGAAGAACUUCGUCGUCAAGUGGAAGAGUUGUUACAGAAAGGUUUGAUCCGACAGAGCCUAAGUCCUUGUGCUGUACCGGCCUUGUUGAUUCCAAAGAAAGAUGGAACGUGGAGAAUGUGUGUUGACAGUCGAGCCAUCAACAAAAUCACAGUAAAAUACCGUUUUCCAAUUCCUAGAUUGGAUGACCUGCUAGAUCAGUUGUGUGGAGCGAAGGUGUUUAGCAAACUCGACUUGAAGAGUGGGUACCAUCAGAUCAGAAUUCGAGAAGGUGAUGAGUGGAAAACAGCUUUUAAGACUCGAGAAGGGUUAUAUGAGUGGAUGGUUAUGCCGUUUGGAUUGUCCAAUGCGCCUAGUACAUUCAUGCGUAUAAUGAAUCAAGUUCUCAGGCCCUUUAUCGGUACUUUUGUGGUCGUUUAUUUCGACGAUAUUCUUAUUUAUAGUGUUGAUAUGAACAUGCAUUUUCAACAUCUUCGAGAAGUGCUUUCAACUCUACGUCGGGAAAAAUUAUUUGCAGCCAUCAAGAAGUGUUCAUUCAUGACUGACCAAAUUCUAUUUCUCGGCUAUGUCGUAACCAAGGAUGGAAUAAAGGUAGAUGAUUCCAAGGUUGAAGCUGUAAGAAAUUGGACCACACCCACUACACUGCACGAGGAAAGUUCUCAUGGUCUGAGGAAGCUGACAAAGCCUUUGAAGCAGUCAAGACAAAACUAAUAACCGCACCACUAUUGGUGUUACCUGAUUUCAGCAAGCCAUUUGAAUUACACUGUGAUGCAUCGAAGGUGGGAAUUGGAGCUGUUUUGAGUCAGGAAGGACGACCUGUAGCAUAUUUUAGUGAGAAGUUGAAUGGUGCUAAGACCAACUACAGUACUUAUGAUGUGGAGUUUUAUGCCAUAGUUCAAGCCUUGAAGCAUUGGCGACACUAUCUAAUUCAUAACGAAUUCAUUAUGUUUUCUGACCAUGAUUCUUUAAGGCAUAUCAAUAGGCAAGAGAAGCUUUCAUCUAGACAUGGUAAGUGGGCUUCUUAUUUGCAAGAGUUCACUUUUGUACUGAAGCACAAAGCUGGGUCGCAGAAUCAAGUUGCUGAUGCUUUAAGCCGUCGAAGUAUGUUACUCAACACCAUGCGAACUGAGGUAAUAGAUUUUGAUUCGUAUUCUGAACAUAUUCUAACCGAUCCACACUUUGUGGAGAUUGUGGAUAAUAUCAGUCUAGGAAAACGAAGUGAUUACCUUAUGCAUGAAGGAUUUCUCUUUAAAGGUAACCAAUUGUGUAUUCCCGAUUCUAGUCUUCGAUUGAAGAUUAUUAAGGAGUUACAUGACGAGGGGCACA